UUACAAAUGGGCAUGAGUUUAUACGCUGCAGCCGCACACCACGUCCAAACCAAAUCUGAGUCCCCCCCCCCCCCCCGGGAUGUGAAGCUAGACGUCAAGAUCAUUGUACCGUACUCUCUGAGUCACGUGGGCUCAAAAUCACAAAAGGACUACUAGACCAACAUCAAUCUCCGUCCAAAAUUAAUAGUAUUUCGGAUUCUGUAAAGCACUGUUCAACGUACCAUCACGUCUCCCUGCAUGAAGGCUACGUUUGAAAAAGUGGUAUACAUUUGAACAAUGAAUUACUGUAGAAGACGCUACAUGUAUAUCUGAUAUUAUUUCAGGAUCGACAGCAGAACAUUCAUGAUUGAUUUUCGAGAUUAACCAAGCGUCACCGGUUCUUACCAUCUGACAAUGGCAUCGGCAUUUCAUUCAGGAUCUUCGGGAAAAUGUCAGGGUAUCGACUGCAAGAGUGGCGAUUUUGUUGCCACCUUCAGUAUUAAAGAACAGCAAGACCUGUGCGAGGACUGUGUCUCAAAAAAAGCUCAGACAAUGCGGGAUCAAGAAUCCCAAGAUUGGUCUUGUGACAAGCACAUGAAACCCAUCGAAUACGUCUGCCUAUCCCAUAAGAUUCCUCUGUGCCAGACCUGUGCUUUCCUUUUGCACCAGAAACCAUGCACGGUGCAAGAUCUUGAGGAUGCCGUUAGGGAAAAGCGGUCGAGGUUAGAGAUGCUGAUACCCAGAGUGACUGAGAAGCGCCACGAGCUACAGCAGAAAGCCUCCAGGAUAAGAGACUAUGGCGGUGGUUUAGAGCAGCACUUCAAAAGUGUGAAAGAUAAGAUCGCUAAGACUUUUGGCACAGAGUCCGAGGACAUCGAUUCUUUAGAGAAAAGGGAACUUGAGAGCUUACGAAAAGAUGCCCAAGAGCAGAUUAGGAAAAUAGAAGAGGAAUUAAACACACAACUAGAGAAGAUAAGACAAGUAGCAUACUCUAAGCGCGAGAAGAUCGUCCGUACAAAACAGAGGCUGGCGGACGACCUGAUAAAAGUUCAAGAACGGACACUCAGAAAAGUUGAUGAAUUGCAGUCACAGGUCGAUAGAGUUAUGGAUUCUGUAGAGAUUGCUCAAUGCCGUCUUGACAAACUUGUUAUGGACGACAGAGAUUUGAUUGGCCAAGGAGACAUGUUCGAAACAUCGUUGACAAGAAUGCUGGACACUGACAUCAAUGUCGAUGUGUUGAAACGCACAGUGCAAAGAGGACAGCAAGUAAACUUCAAAUUAGAUGAUAAUGUGCACGAGAGCAAGGUUUUAGGACCUGAAGAAUCAUGGGAACUGAUCGACAGUGUUGCCAUUGCAAAGGACCUCGUGAAGCCUUAUUUCAUUGGUGCGAUUGAUGAAGAUCAAAUGGUAGUGUCAGAUAUGUCUUGCCGCACGCUGUACGUGACAAACCUGAAGGAAAAAGCCACAAGUAAGGUCCUAGAACGUUCUGGAGAUUACAGGAAAGUCGUUUCUUGUACAUCUAUGGGAAAGGGGAUUAUCCUCUGUGGAAACUUCUGCAAGGGUGCAACCGGAAGUCGUUUCAAAGGUGCAAGCCUUUACAAUCGGCAAUGGGAGUUCAUCAGGGAUGUGGAGUUGCCAAAGAACCCUGAGAGUGAGAAGACAUUCGCAUCAGUGCACGUUGAGAAAGGUGGAAGGAUCCUAGCCGCAGUGGCUUGCCAAUCUGACAUACACGUCAUCAACCCAGGCGAUGGCAUUAUCAGUCAGUCAGUGAAAACCGGAGUAGGGAAAAUCCAAUGGCUUUGUUCUCUGCCGUCAGGUAAUCUCGUCGCAAAGACGGGAAAUUCUGAGUUCACAAUCAUGGAUUCGACCGGAUCGCACCGCGUUUGCAUCAAGCACGACCGAUGGGACGGAUGUCUCUGCGAUGUAGAUCUCUCUGAUGGUUCCAUUUACGUCGUGUAUAGAGACAAGACCCAUAAUGUGUAUGCAGUGGAUGUGGUAUCAAGUGACGGUGAACUUGAAGCGACCAAGGUAGUGGAGUACCCAGUGUCAAAGAACCGAAAAGACGUUGUCCUCCCAUGCGUUGUGACAGCACCGGGAACGCUGAUUACAUGCAACGGAGAGUACUUUUACGUGUUUAAACUGUCUUAACAAAACAAAUUAUAAGGUGUUUCUCCCCAACUAGGCAAUUACUUUGUUAACCUCUCUCUCUUGUGUCGAAAUCUACAAUGUGAUUUAUCAAGUUUAUCGUGAUUUGCUUGUGUUUUGACUUAUUUCCCUCCCGUUAGAUGCUUCAUCAUUUCGAGUCCACUCAAAUUGGUCUGAAAAAGCCCCUUGUUAAUAAGUGUUAAUUAUGUAGCAGGGACGUAAAUUCAUCUACAGAAUUGGGUACAGCAACACUGUUAUGUGAUGUUUAUGUGAUGCUUACACCACGCAGUGUCUACACGCACGUAUGAUUGGAGGUGAACCGCCCGACACCAAUGCACCUUAUAUUAAGAACUAUAGGAAGUAUGGUUAGUUGGACAACAUUUUCCUUACUAAUAAAUGUUGCAUGUCAUGGACAAUAAUAUUAUGAUAUCAUUUGUAUAUUUACUUACACUCAGUCGGCUAUAAAUAAGGUGGGGUUUUUUAAUCUGUAAGUUUAUGGUAGUUUUGAUAAUCUUAUGACUGUAUUGUUGGUCAAUCUGUCUUCAAAAUGAUGGGAAAGUACAUAAUACUAGAAAGUUUCAAGCUAGCGAAAUUCGAUUUAUUCUGUUAAACGAGGCUUCUCUAGUUUUGUGUAUUUUAUUUCAGUUUGGAAAUUCAAAACGCUGUGCAAAUCUAAUUUUGUUGUAAAUAAGUAGCAAUUACGAUUAACCUAAGGGUCGCUAUUGUAUAAAAAAUUAGAUCGCAUUAUAUCGAUGUCAUCUUUCAUGUUCAGUUUAGUUUAGCGGUACAUAUAUCUGGUUUUGAUUAUUUUUUGAGCUACUGCUCUUCAUUACUACCUGCAUUAAAUUACACUCCCCGAUAACAAUGCACGAGACAGAAUCAAAAGUUUGUGUCAAUUCUAAGUGCAGUCAGUAUACGUCUAAUGAAUUUUCAAGAAAAUUAGCUAUUCAUUAACUAUGAGGUUACGAUAAUUGUUGUAUUGCACUGACGUCACGACUUUUAAAUGUGUACAGUAACUUUAUAUGAAUACGAUUCUCUCUGUUAUCAACUUUUGCAAACAGAAAUUAAUUGUAUACAAGUAUGACAAGGGAGACGAAAUUAUAUAUCUAUUUCAAUGAUAACAUAUACACAAUAGAGAAAUAGAAAAAAACCUCUUAUUACAGAAUAUUUAUUGUUUCCUUGUAAAAACAGAAAAUAUAUACUAGGCUUAACUAUAACAUCUGAAUAAAUCAUCAAUCAGAGUUAACAGAUCAAACGGAAAUGUAAGCAUCAUGUACAGUGAAAUAUUAUUGCGAUCUGAAGAAAUUAGGAAAAGGGAAGUAUUCAAAUUACAACAACAAUUUUAACCCCCUGUCACAUCGCACAAAUGACCGAUUAAUAAUAUAAUCUUUUAUUCGGGGUAAUGUAACGGCUUAUUCAGUCUAUUGUUAGUAUGGUGUCGAUUUCGUCGGCGCUGUUUGUGAUAUUCAGACCGACUCCAAACCGAGCGUUUCUUGACCACAGACGUAAUGUUACAUUUUCGUUCGGUGUGUUUUGGUUUCGGUCUUGUCGAUGUGACUAAGGUAUGAUCUGUUAAAAAUGCGAUAUUGUUUUUUAGCAAGAAAGGUUUUGGUCUCACGACCAAGAAAGGAUUAUUCGCAACGAGUGGACAUGAAUGCUUAUUUGUUUGAUAAUGGUACCAAUCAUUCGAAGGGUGUCGCAAUUUUGAUUAACAGUGACCCGAAAAUUGAUAUAAUAAGUACUUUUAUUAAAAGUGAAGGUAGAAUUAAGGCUA